CCCAGUCUCUGGCUGUGAGAGUUGAUCCAGUCUCUGACUGUGAGAGCAAGCAGCCAGAAGCAGACUCCUUAAUUCCAGGGGACCUAGAGCUAGAGCCUACUGCAAUGGCCUGGGACCUAAAGGUGAAGAUGCUGGGGGGUAACGAUUUCCUGGUGUCUGUGACAAACUCCAUGAUGGUGUCAGAACUGAAGAAGCAGAUUGCUCAGAAGAUUGGUGUGCCAGCUUUCCAGCAGCGCCUGGCCCACCAAAAUGAAGUGCUCCAGGACGGUCUUACCCUUUCCAGUCUGGGUCUGGGUCCCAGCAGCACAGUCAUGCUAGUGGUACAGAACUGCAGCAACCCUCUGAGCAUCCUGGUGAGGAACGAAAGGGGCCACAGCAACAUCUAUGAGGUCUUUCUGACACAGACUGUAGACAUGCUUAAGAAGAAGGUGUCCCAGCGGGAACAAGUCCAUGAAGACCAAUUCUGGCUGAGCUUCGAGGGAAGGCCCAUGGAGGACAAAGAGCUGCUGGGGGAGUAUGGCCUAAAGCCCCAGUGCACAGUGAUCAAGCAUUUGCGCCUGAGGGGUGGGGGAGGGGACCAAUAUGCCUAAGGCCCCCAUCCAGAGCCAGUGUUGGUUAUAAAAGAUGAUGCAAUAAAAAGCUCUGCCUCUUG